ACUCAUUUCUCAAUGAUUUCCUCCAUACCAGAAGAAAACCACUCUCCAACACACAAAAAAACAAUCCCUUGUAGGAAAAAAAAGCUCUCCUCUUGCUCUCUUCUGAACAAUUCUCUCGCAAUCCUCCAUUGUUCCACCAUGUCUUGCUCAAAUCUGACAAUGUGGGUGUCUUCAAAACCUUCUCUUUCCGACACUUCUUUGCUCUCUUUCCGUUCUUUUGUCACCCCUUUUCAGUUCCCAUCUCAGAGUCCAACUACCUGUAACCCUUCAAGGUCAUCUUCGUCUUCGACCACGGUUCACUGUGGUCUCCGUGAGCUUCGAGACCGUAUCGAUUCGGUCAAGAACACACAGAAGAUCACUGAAGCUAUGAAACUCGUGGCUGCUGCUAAAGUCAGGAGAGCACAAGAAGCUGUUGUCAAUGGUAGACCUUUCUCUGAAUCUCUUGUUGAAGUCCUUUACAACAUCAAUGAGCAGCUCCAGACCGAAGACAUUGAUGUUCCUCUUACCAGCAUCAGGCCUGUCAAAAAAGUUGCCUUGGUUGUUGUCACCGGUGAUCGUGGUCUUUGUGGAGGUUUCAACAAUGCUAUCCUCAAGAAAGCUGAAGCGAGAAUUGCAGAAUUGAAGCAGCUUGGACUCGAUUAUACGAUCAUCAGUGUGGGGAAAAAGGGUAAUACGUAUUUCGUCCGCAGGCCUUAUAUUCCGGUGGAUCGUUACCUUGAGGGUAGCUCACUCCCUACAGCCAAAGAAGCUCAGGCGAUUGCAGAUGAUGUGUUUUCGCUCUUCGUUAGUGAAGAAGUCGAUAAAGUCGAGCUUCUAUACACGAAAUUCGUAUCGUUGGUUAAGUCUGAUCCGGUGAUUCAUACUUUGCUACCACUGUCACCAAGAGGAGAAAUCUGUGAUGUGAACGGUGUCUGUGUUGAUGCAGCUGAGGACGAGUUCUUCAGAUUGACCACCAAGGAAGGGAAACUGACCGUCGAGAGAGAUGUUGUGAGGACCGAGACUGCCGAUUUCUCUCCGAUUUUGCAGUUCGAGCAGGAUCCAGUCCAGAUUCUCGAUGCUUUGUUGCCUCUUUAUCUCAACAGCCAGGUAUUGAGGGCUUUGCAGGAAUCAUUAGCUAGUGAGCUUGCAGCUAGGAUGAGUGCCAUGAGCAAUGCUACUGAUAACGCCCAGGAACUGAAAAAGACCUUAUCUAUCGUCUACAACCGUCAGCGUCAAGCGAAGAUCACUGGAGAGAUAUUGGAGAUCGUAGCUGGUGCCAAUGCUUUGGUCUGAUGGACGCGUGCUUGUUCCGCCGUCAAUCGCGUUUCAUUGUAGGUACUGAGAAGAAUCAUUAAAUUAUGAGUAUUUCCCUUAUUCAUUUCUAUAUACUUGUUCAUGAACAAUCAUGCAGAUAUGAUCCCUUCUUUUUGGCAUUGUGAUUCUCAAAUGCUUAUUAAGUCUGCACAAUUGAGAGACGCAAUGUGUUUUGCAAUUGAAAAAUAAGAGCGUUUUCCCA